CACCGCGUGCGACGCAUCGCAUUCGCUCUUACUUCGCGUUCUGGCUCUUUAUAGAUCUUUGACAACGUGAUCUCGCGCUCCAACAGAGUGCAACACGUGUGGUAAUAAUUUCUUUUUUUUUAUUUUCAAAAACAAACAAAAAUAGAAUAAAGAAUAUCGCUAUCACGUGCGUCGGAUCGUACAUUCUAUACGAGACAACACACCAAAUCGAUAAUAUCGCAUUCGUUCACAAACAUCUAGCAGCGUGACGUACUGAGAUCGAAAGUAUACGUAAAUAGGAUGAUGUGUAUCAAAAAAAUGUAGAUGUUCUUACAAAGUCAGAAGAAACGUUAGAAAAUUGAUAAAAUUCUAUUAGAAUAACGAGCAUUAUCUGUUUAUAAAUACUAUCGAAUAUUUGUCAUAUAGUGUUUACGGAUGGUGCGUGAGAGUUCGGAAGUAAAGAGUGAAGAAAAAAAAAAGUUAAUCAAGUGUAACUGUGAAAAAGAUAAAGUUAUGUUAGAAUAUGUUUUAGAUUAUUAGUGUGUUAAGAACGUGUAAGUGUUUUAGCAAAGAUUUUUUAUAAGAAGAAAAAUCGUUAUCAUUAACGUGUUCGGGAUCCCGAACUCCGUCGUCGAUCCGUACGGCGGAACGGUCACGAAUUGUCGAGCGAUAAAUGAAUGUUGUUACGUCGGUUAGUCGUGAACGUGACGGUGAAGAAGAACAAGAAGAAGAAGAGGAAGAAGAAGAAGAAGAAGAAGAAGAAGAAGAAGAAGAAGAAGAAGAAAAAGUCGAGGCACGUUAGCAUCACUCGAUUUAAAUUCAUAAAUGUGCGAGAGGAGGAGCCCACAAUGGUGGCUCGAGUCCCGCAACAAGUUCUACUGCUACUCGUACUCGUUGCUGGAGCAUCCGCAGAGUCGAUGCAGGAUAAAAAGGAUUCCAUUUUUUACGUUAACGUACAAAGGAUUACAAGUAAAUCGUCACGUUCCGUCUUGCCAUCAUCUUCACCGAUGUCUUCGUUUUCGACAUCGUUCUCAUCGUCAUCCGAAAGGACUCUUCAAAGGAUUUUUCAAACGACACCCUGGAGCAACGUCGAUAAUUUUCGAACAUUUGGAUUGGUUCAUGGAUCCUCGAGGAUGAUGCAGAAGGAAAAUUCGGAAAAGACACAAACGACUAUCCGAAAUUAUCUUUCGAACGAGUCGAGCUCGUUUUCGUUCUUUAGAAAUCAUCUUGAGCAUUCUACUUUUACCGAACCAUCCAAAAAUUUCAACAUUUCCACAAUGUCAACGGAAGGAACGUCAAACGUUUCGAUAAAUGUUUCAGUCAAUUCUACGAUGAUUAAUACAGUCCUAACUACAGAGAGUCCAAGAGUAUCAGCAAAAGUAUCCUUCAGGACAACAAGCACGCCAAUGUUAUCAUCGUCGAAGGAUGACACAUUUCGACGUCGUAAAAUGAGAAACGCUGCUGACAAUUGCGAAAAAUUCUUAAUCGGCGAUGAAACUAAAAGAGAAUUCUACAGUCCAAAUUAUCCUAAUUAUUAUCAAAAUCAUACGGAAUGUAUACGAGUUCUCGAAGCCGACGAAGGAAUGUUGCUAAAGCUGGACUUUCGCGACGAAUUCAAGCUCGAAGACAGUCCCGAGUGCCGUUUCGAUUUUCUCGAGGUGCGUGACGGCAAACACGGAUAUUCGAAUCUCUUGGGAAAGUUUUGCGGCUCGAAUUUCCCGCCUGAGAUCACUUCGAAGACGAGAUACCUCUGGCUACGUUUCAACAGCGACGAGAAUAUCGAGGGCAAGGGAUUCAAGGCCGUAUGGAGCAUGAUACCAAGACCAACUUAUCCCGGAGUGCCACCAGAGAUAGAACCAUGCAUAGUUAAUGUGACUGGUGAUGAAGCCAUAAUCAGCCAUAACGAUGUCGAGGAUAAAAAAAAAGUAGCUGAAAAGGAGGGCAUACCUUUGGACUGUAUGUGGGUGAUAAGAGUGAAGGAAGGAUGGAAGAUACAACUAGCAUUCCCGGACUCGAAUCAUUUCAAGUUACAGAGGCCAAACGAGUGCGACGCCAAUUUUCUCGACGUUUUCGAAGAAAAAACAGAUCUGCGUUCACGUUUGAAAAACUUUUGCGGUAGCAUCGCCGAUACGGUCAUAGUUAAAUCAAAUUUAGCUUAUGUCCGUUUUUACGCAGAACCUAAAGCCUUAAACAGCACCUUCGAAGGUGUCAUGACAGCAAUCAGGGACAAGGAUGCUGGUGAAACAUCAUGCAGAAGCGGAGAGUACGACUGCGAGGACGCGACCUGCAUCGCCUUGAGAUUACGGUGCAACGGAAGAGUCAACUGCCGCUUCCGGUGGGACGAAGACGAUUCGCUAUGCGACCAAGAAAAAUCAAGCAUCAUCGACUCUCAACACAUCGUCAUAAUACUUAUUGUUUUUUCUCUCAUCAUUUUUGGCAUGAGCUUCGCGUUCUUCUUCAAUUGCGUGCGGAAGUUAAUUCGUGAUCAUCGUAUCAUUCAGGAACACAUAAGACAAUCUAGAGAGAAUCGAUUGGAUGAACUAGGUCGUAAAUCUACUCCAAGGCCACUCUCAACUUCGAGAACAGACAUAAGAGACCGAAGUAGCGAAUCGCCAAGCUUAGAAGUGGUGCCGAGCAAAGAAUUAUUACCACCGAGCACGGUUAUACCAGAAGAAUACACGGUAGCUUAUAACAAUAAAAUCACUUACAACGGUCGAGACAUGAACGACAUACAUCAAAGUAAUAAUGUAAGCAACGCGACUCAAGAACGGUUGCAGGAAUCAAACGACGAGCCAGAAAUGCGAGAUAAUUCGUGUCAAACUAGGGAAAGUUUAUUCGAGCCACGAUUAUCAGACACCAUAGUAACUCCAGCGUUCACGACUUUCGGAUUUCGGGGCUCGCAAAAUGGGACCAAUUAUCAUCGUCAUCACCAUCACCAUCAUCAUCAUCACCCGCAAAGUCCGCAAAAGUCACAUCCAAGUCCAUCGCUUUCGCAUCAGAGUUCUCAACAAUCUUCUCAACAGAGCUCGCAUCAGCAGAGCAGUUCUCAAUGUUCAGGAUGCAGUCCAGCAUCGAGAGGGCGAGAUGGUAGUAUGGGUGUCUGUCCAAAGCAUAAUCCAAUUCCAGCGCCACCAGGAUGGUCGACUCACGAGUUGAGUUAUCCUCCUCAACACCAAUCCGGACAAUAUCAAGAAGUCACAGACUAUCCUUCCUAUCAGAGGUUUCAAAGUCCAAAACCUAGCGGAGAAUGUGGUACCUAUCAUCAGUCUCCUAAAUUCGUCAGACAAAAUACUGUAGGUUCUGGUGAAAGGUACGGUAGUUCAGUUUAUGGUUCUGGUCAAAGUUCCGCACAAAUUUCUGGCCAUGGAUCGAGCAAUGUAACAUCGAGUACACAACACUCGACAUCUUCUAAAUCCCAGCAACAACAACAACAACAGCAGCAAGCACCAAGUGACCCAAGAUAUAAAGCCGAAGCUAUCAUCGAGAUCGAUCAAAGGAGACCAUUCAGCAUAGAAAGCACAAAAUCUGCCCCGGACGUUAUAGCGACGCACUGACGCCGGGGCUAUGGGGAUUGGGAGCCCUAUAGGAGACGCCAUCCCCGUAAAAGCAUAGAAGACACACAACAAAUGAAAGAAGAAACAAAUAGCGAACGAGUUAAAAUAACUGUUGCUACUCAAAGCUCAUUGGACGAUGACACAUCGACCAAUUCGACGAUAGAACAAACCUCGUCCUCCUGAUCCACGCAUCAAACUGUCGUAGUCGAACCACCAGAGUCUUUCAUCGAUGAAAAGGACAUCUCUGAUAAAUCGUCUCUAACUAUUUUACCUGAGACACAAAAAAUAAAUCUGUUCAAUGAACUCGCUCUGGCAAGAUUGUCUCCGAGAUUGGACGACUUACCGAUCCUAAAACCACCCGGUGACUUUGGAGUGCCUGUCUUCAAGUGCAAAACACCUUCCCUAUCCUGGCAGCACUGUGGCUGUCCUUCUCAUUCUCAUUUACCAUCUCGAAGAUCGACGAUCACCUGGAGUGCCUUGAAACGUUGCGGACAGGACGCCUUCUAUCGCACUUGGCCUAAUCGAUCCGCUAAAAGGCUGCCAAGACCGCAGAAGAGGACCGUAGGUACUCAGAGUUCCUUCGACGGUGUUAGGUCAUCACUUGGGACUCUUCGUUGCGUGUCCAGAUCGAUCGAUAUGACCACGACUACGAUGGAUCAGGAAAUUGGGGUAUCUAUACCUUUCUAACGAUGGAUUUAUAUGUUCUACUCUUCCGCCGAUCGUUUUUUCCAUGAUAUUUUUUUAAACUUUUUUCUUUUCUUUUCUUUUUUUCUUCAUAUUUUUAUUUCUAUAGAUUUUAAAUAAUCCUUAUCCUUGUUCUCAUAUUGAGUUUAAACGAGAAUAAAAAAUCACAAAUAUUCCACGUAGAGAUUCUCAGGAAGAGCGAACAAAUGAUCCUAAAAAUUGAAUGAAUAUAUAAACUUUUAAAGAGAGAGCAUUUUUAACGAUUGUCCAAAGGCUGUACGUAAAAAAAAAAAAAAGAAAAAAAGAAAAAGAAUAUCGCUCUUUCAUUCCUAUUACUGUGAAAUAACAUCCUCGAAACAAAUAAUAGAAACAUCGCGAAAUAUCAUAGGAUCUGAAAGAUCAUGUCCGUGAUUCUAAUCGACAGAAAUUUUCUAACUCGUUGUUAAAUAAAGUAGAAAAAUUAAAAGUAUAUAAUUGAUAAGAAAAAUCACUGCCUUCGAUUCCUAAAAAAAAAGAUGAAGAAGAAGAAAAGUUAUAAGAGAUCUAAUUCGCGAGCAUUCAUAAAAGAGAAUGAAAAAAUACAAUAAAAAAAAAAAAAAAAGAGAACGGCCUAAAUCGUAAUGGAAUUCUUUCGUGAAGUAACAUAUCGAGAGAAAGAAAAUGAAUUCGUUUCUCGACAAAUCGUCGAGCACCGUAAUUGCCUAAAAUUCGAAGGGUAAAGUAAUAAAAAAGAAAGAAACAAACAAACAAACAA